GAUAGGUGCCAAGCCCCUCUGGGCCCCGAUUCACCUCUUUUCGGCAGUCGCAUCCCGCCCAGUACUUUGACUCAGUCUCCCAACACCUCGAUUUCACCUUCGACGCUCUUCGACACCUUCGACGGUGCGCGACGCUCUUCGACACCUUCGACGCACGGUCGUCCCGAUGCCUCGCGCGUAGAUCUCGGGACAUCUUCCGCAUUCGGCGGACAAUAG